GAUAGAAAGAGAGAGAGAGAGAAAAACAAACUAGAAAGAAAGAAAGAAACAAAAGAAGCUAAGAACUAAGAGAGAUCAGCAACUAAAUGGGGAGCUUAAGGUUGAGCACAGUUGUUGCUGCAGUAGUCGUUUGUCUCUCCAUCCUCCUCAUUUCUCCUACAGAAGUGGAAGGGUGGGGAGUUUGUGAAUACCGAAUGGGUUUAUGUAGUACUGCGGCCAAGAGCUCUACUUGCGAUGAACCAUGCAGGGCAUUGGACAGCAAGUUUCAUGGAGGCGAAUGCUUAAAUGUCGGCAGUGGUAAAGGGAUCUGCUGGUGCUGCCAUGAUUAUGAUUCAAAGAGAGGUGCUCAAAUGGAAAGCAUGUGAUUGCAGAUGAUUAGAAAACAAUCGUCACUUUGUGUGUGUCUGUGUGGUUUUGCAAUUUUCAUGUUUUGAAAUAAAUCUCAUAUCUAUAUCUGAGUCUUUUUGCCUUUCUACUUUGUUGUACCUGGGCCUGCUUUGCUUCUGUUUCAGUAUGUAUUGCGUUAAUAACACUAAGUUCGUAA